GCGGCUCACGUCCUUCGUGGGCUGGUGUCUACUGUGUCGAGUAUAUAGAUAUAGUAGUUCCUGCCAGAUCGAGAGACAUUGCCCCGAUGAAGGCGUUCAACCCAGAGCGCUCCAUGGCAUGGAAAUUGCGAGUGGACUGGUGACGUUUGUUGGCACUUUAUCAUGGCCGUGCAUCAUAAUUUAGGCAGCCGUUCCACCCACACUGCCUCGGCUAACAAAGAGGCAUACAUACUGACAGAGGUUGCGAAUAAUAAAUUCGUUGACAUUCGCUGCGCGCUGACUAAGCAACCAAAAGGCCGAGGACGUGUGCAAACCUGGCCAAGAUGGAGCACUCACACAGCCAAUAAAUUGUCCGGCCGCCCGAUUGCCACUCCAGGAUACCAAAUAUUACACAACUCCCGAGGACUUUUCUCCAUUUCGGGUACAUUUAAAAUUCAGAACGCGUUGAGCUAUAUUUUAGGCAAGAUGUCCGUGCCAUCCCCAGCACGAUUCCGGUCAUAAUUCUUCCGGGUUGAUGACCGCAUUCCCACCUCCAAAACAAACGGCUAAGGCGCCGCGGUAAAAAUUUGUUUGCGACUUGAUGGCUUAAUCCACCGCAAAGUGGCUCAGUGGUGCCUGGUAUGGGCUCAUUACGGGUCAGAAAUCAAUUGUGGUCCGAAAUCGCUGUGAACCAAAGCAACUGCUUAUGCAAAGCAUGCCAUCCAAACAGAGCAAAACAAUGGAGAGCGAAAGAGACCAGGCCAAAGAAAUUCCUCGGACACAAUGAAGACAUUUGCUGCGGACCAUACUACCUACUAAUCCUGGCAAUGAACCCUUGACUUCUGGCCGCAAUUCAUCAAACAAUUGGCCGAGCAUUUGCAUGCGGUUGUUGGCAGCUCUUCAUUUUCAACCUCCCAUUCCCGUAUCUGCAUCCUAAUCCGGAGGACUGAGGAUUGCGGAUUGAGGGCGACUAAUUGAGCACUUUUGUUUGAGUGCGGUGCUGCGCGGAUUUCGCCUACUUGUUAGUUGCUGCCCAACAACAUCGCUCUCCUUCCUCAUGCACUGCGGAAAGGAUAUUUGACUUUAUA